AUGGAGGCUGUUCCGUACCAUCCACAAACAGGGGAGAAGAUCACUGCCUGGGGGUACUCGUUUACCUGGAGUGAUGACCACCUCCCGAGGAAGGAAACUGAGCCAUUGCGUCAGCAACAUGAUACGCUGGGAGCUGAGGCGCUGAAGAGGCUCCAAACCAUACAAGCAUCCCUGAUGGAAGACAGCAAGGCCAAGGGAGUCCCCCCUUCGCCUGUUGAUCUCUACGCCCUUCUUCGGGAUCACCGCCAGAACGAUGACAUCCUCUCCCAGUUCUGGGAGGAGACGCAUACGGUUCCUGACUGGGUGGACUGGGAGCAGCUUGCGCGUGCGCAGAAGUUCUUCUACCGAUAUGCCAUAGCAAACAUUGUUGGGUUCGCGCUACAAGGAUUUGUCGCGGAAAACUCGGCCUCGCCUGGCGUUGUCGAGGUACUCGUGCGGACCGGCGGCUUCUCGACAAGGGCCCUUCUAGGACGCUUGUUGGAGACAUUCCAAUGGCUGAUUCAGGUCACGAAGGAUCUAGCGGCGAUUCAGCCCGGAGGCGAAGGCCAUGUCGCAACGAUCCGUGUGAGGCUGCUCCACUCUUCGGUUCGCCAACGGAUUCUCAAGCUGUGUCAGACCCGGCCGAAUUACUUCGACACAGAGCAGUUUGGCAUUCCAGUCAAUACGCUAGAUUCGGUCCAUUCUAUUAGCACGUUCAGCUGCAAUCAGCUGUGGCUUCAACUUCCCAAGUUCGGCAUCCAACCCUCCGAGCAGGAAUGCGAGGACUACGUUGCUCUCUUUCGAUAUCUGGGCUAUGUGAUUGGCACACCCACUUCCUACUUUGAAACCUCUGCGCAGGCGAAGCUCGUGAUGGAGAGUCUCCUCGUGCAUGAGCUGCGCACGACGGAAACGUCCCGCGUGGUGCUCUACAAUUUCAUGGAGUGUGUGGGGAACCUGCCCCAUCCAUUCCAUGUGUCCAAGCAGUUCAUCGAGGCAGGCAGCCGGUGGAUCAACGGUGACGAGCACUGUGACUCACUCAACCUGGGCAAACCAUGGGUGCUCUACUACCUCGUGUUCCUGGGCCACUGCAUCCUGGUUACGGGGCUUGCAUGGGCGCAGCGCAUAAUCCCGGGAGUUGACGAAGCGAUGAUCAAGUUCUUCCGGUGGGCCAUGUAUCAAGGUGUGGUGAUGCGCAAAUCACGCACGCGCUUCAAUUUCCAAUACGUCCCGCAGAUGGGCAAAUGCACGGGACGAGAGAAACACACUGCCGACGGGGGCGAUCUCGCGGGGCAUAAGCCGUUAUCACUCCGGUGGCCUGACUUUUCUGUCGUCACCAACAUGGGAUAUUUCGAGAUGGUGCUGCUAUUCGUGACGAUUGGUACGGGGGUUUCCCUAGCCUGGGGGCUGUGUGGAGCGUUGAUAGCCUUGAAGACAAGGCUGGCGGCCUAA